AAACAACGCUACAGAAGGAAAAUGACCCACUGGUUUCAUCGCAACCCUUUGAAGGCUACGGCUCCCGUUUCGUUUAAUUUUUAUGGGGUAGCUACCACUCCAGCUGCAACAAAAAUUUGCAAUGAUUUGAGGUUAUCUCGGUCACGACUAUUGGAGCUGUUUACAGACUCGAGUUGUAAUCCAGAAAUGAUGAAGAAUGCAACUGACUUGUACUUCUCACUCCUGCAAGGUUUUAUCCUUUCACUGGAUGACUCUUCCCAAGAGUGCAAGUUGAGAUAUAUUCAGAAUUUCAAGUGGACAGACACAUUACAAGGGCAAGUUCCCAGUGCCCAGCAGGAUGCAGUGUUUGAACUGGUUUCCAUGGGAUUUAAUUUAGCUCUGUGGUACACAAAAUAUGCAUCAAGACUCGCUGGAAAAGAAGAUAUAACAGAAGAUGAAGCAAAAGACGUUCACAGAAGCCUGAAGAUAGCAGCUGGGAUUUUUAAACACUUGAAGGAAAGUCACAUUCCAAAAUUGAUCACGCCUGUAGAAAAGGGAAGAGAUUUAGAAGCUCGACUUAUAGAUUCUUACAUCGUACAGUGCCAAGCUGAAGCUCAAGAAGUGACGAUUGCUCGAGCUAUCGAGCUGAAACACAAUCCAGGACUAAUAGCUGCUCUUGCUUAUGAAACAGCCAACUUCUACCAAAAAGCUGAUCAAACAUUAUCCAGUUUGGAUCCAACCUACGCAGGUAAAUGGAGGAAGUAUUUGAACCUGAAGACUUGUUUCUAUAUGGCCUAU